CGAUGGAGUCCUCCUGGCUGGAGACGCGCUGGGCGCGGCCCUUUUACCUGGCUUUCGUGUUCUGUCUGGCCCUGGGACUGAUGCAGGCCAUCAAGCUCUACCUGCGGAGGCAGCGGCUGCUACGAGACCUGCGCCCCUUCCCCGCGCCCCCCACCCACUGGUUCUACGGGCACCGGAAGUUACUUCAGGAUGGUAAAAUGGAGAAGCUUGAGGAACUUGUUGAAAAAUACCCUUGUGCCUUUCCUUGCUGGGUUGGGCCCUUCCAGGCAGUUUUCUAUAUCUAUGACCCAGACUAUGCAAAGACAUUUCUGAGCAGAACAGAUCUCAAGUCCAAGAACCUGUACAAGGUUUUGAUUCCGUGUCUUGGAAAAGGACUGGUGAGUCUCGAUGGACCCAAGUGGUUCCAGCACUGUAGCCUACUAACUCCUGGAUUCAAUUUUAACAUCUUGAAAUCAUAUGUCGAGGUGAUGGCCCAUUCUGUGAGCACAAUGCUGGCAAAGUGGGAGAAGAUUCGUGACACUCAGGACACAAUUGUGGAGGUCUUUGAGCACAUCAACUUGAUGACCCUGGACAUACUCAUGAAAUGUGCUUUCAGCCAGGAGACCAACUGCCAGAUAAACAGCACCCAUGAUCUUUAUGUAAAAUUGACAUUGGAAGCCAGCAAAAUCAUCUUCUACCGCUUGUGCUGUUUCUUACGUCACCACGACAUACUUUUCAAAUUCAGCCCCGAGGGCCACCGCCUAAAGGAGAUAUGCAAAAUGCUGCAUCAGUACACAGAAAAGGCAAUCCAGGAUAGAAAGAAAUCCCUGAAGGAUGAGAAUAGGCAGGAUAACACUCAGAAGAGGAAGUUCCACGAUUUUCUGGAUGUUGUCCUUUCUGCCCAGGCUGAAAAUGGCGACAGCUUCUCAGAUACUGACCUGGACACCAUGGCAGGGGGCAUUUCCUGGCUCCUCUACCACCUGGCUCUGAGCCCUGAGCAUCAGGAGAGAUGCCGGGAGGGGAUCAGGGGUAUCCUGGGAGACGGGUCUUCCAUCACCUGGGACCAGCUGGAUGAGAUGUCAUACACCACAAUGUGCAUCAAGGAGUCACUCCGAUUGGCCCCUCCAGUCCCAUCCAUUUCCAGAGAACUCAGCAAGCCCAUUACCUUCCCAGAUGGAUGCUCCUUGCCUGCAGGAAUAAAUAUUGUUCUCAGUAUUUGGGGUCUUCACCACAACCCUGCCAUCUGGGAAAACCCAAAGGUCUUUGACCCCUUGAGGUUUUCCCAGGAGAAUUCUGAUCAGAGACACCCCACCUCCUUCUUACCAUUUUCAGCUGGACCAAGGAACUGCAUCGGGCAGCACUUUGCCAUGGCUGAGUUAAAGGUGGCCAUCGCUCUGAUUCUGCUCCGCUUCAAGGUGACUCCAGACCCCACCAGGCCUCUUGUCUUCUUGCCUCAGGUUAUCCUCAAACCCAAGAGUGGGGUCCACUUGCACCUGAAGAAGCUCCCCUAA